CUUUACAUUUUAUUGUAAGAACAAUAAUAAGGAAUUUAAAAUACCUCGUUACUCGUGCUCUCUCUCUAUCUCUCUGAGUCUCAUCAUCUUCUCUCCUCCUCUCCACGUCUGUGUCCGUCUCUCGCUUUUCUUUCUCUUCUCUUCAAAUCGACCAUCUGCUCGGUUUUCUCGGUCUUCCCGUAGGCCGACUUGGAUCGCAGGCAAUGAACAUGAACGCUUCCGACAACUGGCUCGAUUUCUCCCUCUCCCAGCAGCGGUGCCUCCUUGAAGCCUUCUCCGACGCCCCGCACCACCAUGGUGGAAUCGAGGGGACGGACGAGGAGACCAACGCAGCGACGGAGCUGGUGGCGCUGGCGGGGAUGGGGCCCAAGCUGGAGGACUUCCUAGGGGGGCCUCCGGGGCGGUACUCCGGCGGGGAUGUUGACACCGGGCCCAAGGGGGUUUGCGACUCCGACUUGAAGACCAUAGCCGCCGGAUUUCAGCGCGGCAUCCCUGCGGAGCAGGAGAAGCCCAAGGCAGCGCAGAAGGCGCCGCUGGAAGAGUCCCGGAUGGCCGCGGACAGCUUCGGUCAGCGGACUUCCAUCUACCGGGGCGUCACCAGGCACCGAUGGACGGGGAGGUACGAGGCGCACCUGUGGGACAACAGCUGCCGCCGGCAGGGGCAGAGCCGCAAAGGCCGACAAGUCUAUUUAGGUGGUUAUGAUAAGGAGGAGAAGGCGGCGAGGGCGUACGAUCUCGCAGCGCUCAAAUACUGGGGUCCAACCACCACCACCAACUUCCCUGUCUCUAACUAUGAGAAGGAGCUGGAGGAGAUGAAGAACAUGACUCGCCAAGAGUUCGUCGCCUCCCUAAGAAGGAAGAGCAGUGGGUUCUCCAGGGGCGCCUCCAUCUACAGAGGAGUCACCAGACACCAUCAACAUGGUCGGUGGCAAGCAAGGAUCGGAAGAGUAGCAGGCAACAAGGACCUCUACCUUGGAACAUUCAGUACGCAGGAAGAAGCGGCGGAGGCGUAUGAUAUCGCAGCGAUCAAGUUCCGGGGAGUCAAUGCGGUGACCAACUUCGACAUGAGUCGCUACGAUGUGGAGCGCAUCGUUAGCAGUAAUCUCCCUGUUGGCGGCAUCACUGGGAAGUCGUCGGCAUCCACCUCUUCUGAUACCAUGAGCGUCGAUGUCAGGCAUCAGAUCGAACACCAUGAUCCUUGGGCCACUCUCGGUCUCAUCGCCAACAUCCCCAUGAAGCAGGAUCACGACUUCUGCUCCCUGCUCACUCUCCACCAACACCACCACCACCACCAGCAACACGGCCAAGCUUUAGACUUUGGCCUGUUCUCCUCCUCUGGUGUAGCCAUGGACCUCGCCGCUGCUUAUUCCAACAACGACAUGAGCCAAGAGAGUGGAAGUGAGCUACCGGAACGACAGCAAGAACAAUCUCAGAGCAGUAGUCAGUGCUACUCCAUCCCUCCUUGUGUCACCACCGUUGGAUCCUUUGGUGGUAAUGGUUACGGGGGAUACAACUAUGUGGGGGAUUGGGUUGCACCACCACCUUCCUACUAUCAUCAGACUUCUAAACCAGAUGUGGCAGCUUGCCACACGGCCAUUUUUGGGAUGGAAUGAUGUGAAGUGAGAGAUCAAAGUAGGGAGACUCAGCGAGCUGACUUGAACUGACAUACUUGCACAAAUGAAGGUAGGGUCUGUUCUGCUCAUGUUCAGGGUGGAACUUGUUUUAGUUUAGUGGUUCUUCUUUUGCUGGCAUGAUUCAUCAGUCUAAUGGAAACACGCAUGUCAGAUGAUUUAAACUUCAUUCUC